AUGUGGCCUGUGAUUGUUGUGCCUUACAACUUGCCUCCUUGGAAAUGUAUGAAACAACCAUUUAGUAUGUUGUCAUUGCUUAUCCCUAGACCACAAGCACCAGGUAGGGAUAUCGAUGUUUACAUGCAACCAUUAGUUGAUGAGCUGAAGGAGUUGUGGGAAGAUGGUGUGCUUACAUAUGAUGCCUCAACUGAAUUAACUUUUCGAAUGCAUGUAGCUGUUAUGUGGACAAUUAAUGACUUUCCUGCAUAUGGAAACUUGUCUGGAUGGAGCACGAAAGGUUAUUUGGCUUGUCCUACAUGUAACAAGAAUGCAUCUUCACAACGGUUGAGAGGUAAAAUAGGGUACACAGGCGCUCGCCAUUACUUGCAUGAUGACCACCCUUGGCGUAGGAGUCGACUUUAUAACAGUAAGGCUGAGUUUGUGUCAAGACCUUUGGGGUUAUCAGGGGAACAAAUCUUAGAACAAUUGGAUUCAGGGACAUACAGACCAUUUGGAAAGCAUCCAGCCAAUAAGAAAAGAAAAAGGGGAAAUCCAGUAUUAAAUUGGACCAAAAAAAGCAUCUUCUUUGAGUUGCCAUAUUGGAAAACACUUAAACUCAGACAUAACCUAGAUGUUAUGCACAUAGAAAAGAAUAUAUGUGAUAGUUUGCUUGGAACAUUAUUGAGUAUAGAUGGAAAGAACAAAGACACAAAAAAAGCACGCAUGGAUUUGAAAGAUAUGAAAAUAAGGAAGGAGUUGCACCUGAAGAGGCGUGCCGAUGGAUCAUUUGAAAAGCCCCCAGCAUUGUACAGCUUGUCCUCAGAUGAAAGACAUGGUUUCUGUGAGUUUUUGAAGUCAAUUAAGUAUCCUGAUGGUUAUGCGGCAAACAUCUCAAAGUGUGUAAGCACAAAAGAGCUUUGCUCAAAGACAUUGAAGGUGAAGGAUUUGAAAAACUUAGAGGAUCGCAUAGUACUCAUAUUAUGCAAGCUGGAGAAAAUUUUCCUACCAGCGUUCUUUGAUUUGAUGGUCCAUUUGGCUAUUCAUUUGCCUCGCGAAGCCAUUCUUGGUGGGCCUGUGCAAUAUCGGUGGAUGUAUCCCAUUGAAAGGCUACUUGAGGGUAUGUUGCAAAUCGAGCUCGUCCAGAAGGUUCGAUCGCAGAAGCUUAUAUUGUCAAGGAGUGUCUCACAUUUUGCUCAAUGUAUCUGGGUGGGGUUGAAACUGUAUUUAAUCGAGAGGAACGAAAUGUCGAUGUUGAAAGAACGUGAAAUGGCUCAUUGGUUUGUCUUGAAUAAUAGCCUUGAGUUGGACCAUUAUCUAGAGCAACACAAAAAUCUUUUAGAAAAUCAAGGUGCACGUGACAUCACAAAGAGACAAAAAGAGGAAUUCCCCAAGUGGUUCAAAGAACAUAUGAACCAGUUACGAGCUCAAGGAUUACCAGAAGCAAUUGAUGAAUUGUGGUCAUUAGCAAAUGGUCCUAGUAUCAUAGUUAAUUUGUAUUCAGCUUGCAUUUCCAAUGGUGUUCGAUUUCAUAGUAACGAUCAUGACAAUCGUCGUAAAUGCCAAAAUAGUGGGUUGGUUGUGGAAGGGGAGCAUGAGGGACAAACAAUUGACUUUUAUGGGUACUUGAAUAGAGUGUGGGAGAUGCAUUAUAUACUUGGACAUCGAGUUGUUUUAUUCCAAUGCGAAUGGUUCAACACCGGUAGCAAUAGAACAUUACACAUUGAUGCACAUUUCACAAGUAUUGAUGUCAAAAGUCGAUGGUAUAAAGAUGAUCCAUUUGUCUUACCAAGUCAUGUGAAGCAAGUUUUCUACGUUGAUGAUACAAAGUUAGGUGGACAUUGGAAAGUUGUACAAGGACUACAACAUCGAGGAAUAUGGGAUAAUGAAACAACUAAUGUUGUCCCAAUCAGUGUUGAAGACCCCGUCACAAUCUCACUUCAUAGGAAUGACAUUGAUCCUCAGAUUAUCCCAAGUGAGGUGGUUUUAGAAACAGUUAGUCGAGGAAACGACGAUGAUGUUGAUGAUGAAGAGACAUGCGAUAAUGAAGAUGAUUACUAA